AAACUUCGCAAACGCAUCCAUCAAGUGAGGUUGAUCUGGAUUUACAGAGAUAUUCACUUCUAGAUGACAGUAAGAAAGAAAGAAGAAGAAGAAGUACUAUAGUUAACGAAAAUUUUAUACCAGUAAUUCUUACAGAAGAAACAUCUGCAUCUGUUUCUGAAUCUGGUAUCAAAAACUGGCUUGUGAAUACCGUAGGGUUGAAAUGGUUUUUGUUACCCAAAUAUAUGAAUAUAGCUGUGGGGUUAGCGGUCACGUGGUCAUGUGAAGCAUCUUUCAGUUCGUUGCUGAGAGUUAACUUGAAUAACUUGAAUUAUUCUUCAUAUGAUAUUGCCAAAAUGUCAAUGGUUUUCUUCGCUAGCGAUCUUCUAGCCAAACUUUGUUUUUCCGUCGUGAGUGGUUUGUGCCUCAUAAAUAACAGAUAUUUAUUUUUGGUCACGAUGCUCUUGUUAUCUUUGUCACGAACAGCGUUCACUUUUCGCGAUGGAUAUGUGUGGAGAACUAUUACCCUUACUCUGGUGGGACUAUUGAAUGGUUUGAUGAAUACUAGUUUGGUGCUCGUUAUUUCUCAACAGUAUAAAGAAAACUUUGCAACGCCAUUUUGUCUGUACAAAUUGCUGACAGGAAUGAUUUACUUGAUAACCGGAGGGGUAGCAAGUUACGUGAAAAUUCUAACUCAGAACGAUAAAACAGUUAUAUAUGUACUGUCACUAAUCAAUAUCGUAUGUUUUUUCUCGUGGUUAUUGGAACUACUUCACGACUGGAAAAAUAACGCGCAGUUGAGAAAAAAUUCAGUGAAAUCGUCAGAAUAAUUGAAUGUUGGUCCAGUCCAGUUUUCAUUUUGAACUAAAUGUCUACAAGCUAACUCAGAGAAAAAUUAUUCCAAAAUUUAAAUGAAAGUGAGCCAUAAAUUGAUUCAAACAUCGUAUUUCAUAACAUGAAAUGCUAAAAAACGUUUUCAAUAUUGCUCCUACCAACGUUACAAGCUUCCUGAAUCAUAAGUGUUUCAUAAAACUGCCACUUUAAUAUAAAAAUAGAGAUGUUAUUAUAUGUUAA